GUGGAUGUAAGGAACGUUGGGGGCCGGAAGGCUACAGGAGUGACUGCAUGGUCAUAUAUACCGGGCGAAGGAAAUACGGACGGAUUAUGCUGGUGGUGAAAUGUGGCAUCAAGUGGCAGCCAAGCUUCCGCCGAUCGGUCGGUCCCUCGAAAGCCACCCGCCGGCCGAUUUAGCCUCCGCCCCAGCGCCCCCACGGUGCCCUGAUGCUCACUCACUCAUCUCGUGCGCCUCAAUGCGGGUCUUGUCGAGCUUCGCGGUCCAAACGGCCGCCCAGUUCAAUUCCUACUGCUACUUUUACCCAUGCGAUUCCCAAUUCCCAACUCCGUCACCUCUUUCCCCGUGUCCAUGCAAAAUCGCCACUCCCCGCCAUGUCCUUCACCCCACCAGCGCUCGUAACGUCGUAGCUUGGAGCAAGCGAUGCAAGGACAGCCAAAUGGCAACUAAACAACCAAGCCAAGCGACGAAAAAUGCCAAAAAGAAAAACCAAAACCAAAACCAGAGCAGAAAGUAUGCGCUAACAACCAAAGGACAAAUCCGGAAAAAUGGCUUUGCCCCGAAAAAGAGAGAUAGAGAGAGUAUUAAUAAGUUCCCAUACGGUAGAGGGAUACUGUUGCGGAUAUAAAUCAAAAACCGAAAACCAGGAGAAAUGAGAGAAGAGAAACGAAAAAACCUCCCCGAAAGCCGACUGGUUCAUCCACAUCCCAGCCGAGUA